AAGUCUGUCCUUAUCACGGGGUGUACUGUAGGAGGUAUUGGGCACGCACUCGCACACGAAUUCUUGGCGAAAGGAUACCGGGUCUUUGCAACCGCUCGUCAUGUUGAAAGUAUGGGUAACCUUGAGCGUAGCGGUGCAAUUACCCUGCCAUUAGACGUCACGGAUGAGCACGCUAUCCGGAGGCUGCACGACCAGGUAUCCGCAACAACUGGGGGAACAUUAGACAUACUGGUGAACAAUGCUGAUGCUCACUGCCAUCUCCAAGCUGCCAUGAUUCCGGCCAUCGAAAUGCCCAUGUCAGAUACGCGUACUAUCUUCGACGUGAACUUCUUCGGGCCCGUGUGCAUGAUUCAAGAAUUCGUGCACCUUCUCAUCGCAUCUGGAGAUGGGCGAAUCCUCAAUAUUUCCAGUGUGGGGGCUGUAAUGCCGCUGCCGUUUUGUGCAAUCUACAACGCAACCAAAGCGGCCCUCGUGUCGCUGGGCAACACUCUGCGC